AAUGUAUAGGAUAUUUUGCAAGUGCUCGGAAAUAAGAAAAUAUCAUAAAGUAAAGACUAUCAAUGAUAAUCUGACAUAAUUGAAGGAAUUGUGUCAAAUAGUUUAAUUUUUUAACUCACACUUGACAACAAUGAAAAACCUGCAAACUUUUAGGUGCGGUCCUUCUGCCGAAUAUAGCAUUGGCCUAACAGCCACAUGCAGUUUGUCAAAGAAAAUGAUGCCUAAAAUCCUAGUUUGGCGAACGAAAUAUAGCAUGGACUCAAAUUAACGAAAGUUUUGUCUAUGUUAAAAAGGCAAAUUCUGCUAAAGAUGGUGUUUUUACAAUAUUUUAUGGUCUUGGCAAUUGCUCCAUUAAUAGCGGUGGGAUAUGGUCGACAAUUCAAUUCACAGCCCCUUCAGCAAAAGACUUUUCCAAGUGUGAAAGAUUUGCUUAAAACAAAGGAGGUCCAGAGACACGGUAGUCGAGUUGAGCACCACACAAAACCAAAUGGUGAAAUUAAGGAGAACGAUUUCACGCAUCACAAUUACGAAGAGUUAACGUGGUUCUUAAAAGGUGUCAACAAAGACUUUCCUCACUUAACUCGUUUGUACACGGUCGGACUAUCCUCUCAAAACAGACAACUAUGGGUUAUGGAGAUAUCCACAAAACCAGGAACACAUCAACCAGGCAUUCCGGAAGUGAAAUACAUUGCAAACAUUCACGGCAACGAAGUAGCUGGACGAGAAAUUUUGCUACACUUCAUACGAUAUCUUUGUCAAAACUAUAAAGUAAACGAGAGAGUAACUAGACUGAUUGAAAACACUCGCGUUCAUAUCAUGCCAAGUAUGAAUCCAGAUGGAUAUGAGCUGGCUGCAACGAGACGAAACUUUUCGAAGAUUUUAGGCCGAAAAAACUCAUUUGGUAUCGAUCUUAAUAGAAAUUUUCCGGACCAGUUUUUCCAGGGUGAGACAGUUCCUCUACAACCAGAGACAAAGGCUGUUGCUAAAUGGAUUCAUUCCAUUCCAUUUGUACUCUCAGCAAAUUUUCACGGAGGCUCCCUCGUGGCAAACUACCCUUUUGAUGACAGUCCUUCGGGUCAAAGCUCCUACAGUGCAACUCCUGAUGACGACAUCUUCCGACAACUAGCCCGAGCGUAUUCAGAAGCUCAUCCUACUAUGCAUUUAGCAAACCCACCAUGGCCUUGCAAAGAGCCUCGAGAACGAUUUAUUGAUGGCAUAACAAAUGGUGCAGCGUGGUACAGUAUAUCUGGUGGCAUGCAGGAUUACAAUUAUGUCCAUACAAAUUGUUUUGAAAUAACUUUGGAGAUUGGAUGUGAAAAGUUCCCAAAUGCUACUGAAUUGCCUAAUAUUUGGGAGGAUAACAAAAAUUCUCUGAUGACUUAUCUCGAGCAAGCUAAUAAAGGAAUCUCUGGCUUUGUCACUGAUGAAGACGGGAAAGGUAUUAGCGGAGCAAGGAUAUCUGUAUCCAACAGACGUCAUGAUGUAUUUUCGACAAAAGAUGGAGAUUAUUGGCGUUUACUUGUCCCUGGAGCAUAUGACGUCACGGCUACGUCAGUCGCUCAUGAACCGGAAACAAAAUCUAUUAUCGUGGACACUGGUGAUGCCACUAAAGUUAACUUCAAGCUGAAAAAGCUAACUUUAUUGAAAUCCUUGCACCAUCAAGGUUCAGAAGAAGAGGCGUUUAAUUUGUAUCAAAUGCAAAGGCAAGCAAAUGAUGAGCUGAUGAUGGCAUCUGAGCCAACAGGAAAUACUGUGCGACAAAUUAUAGAUGGACCUAAUAAUGAACUUAAUAUACGUGGUCAAAAUAUCGAGAGAUCAUUUAUGUUCGAUUCAGAUAGAUAUAAACGUUCUUUCUCAAACUAUGCUCUUCCUCAACGGCAGUUCACUCCGGUAAUGAGUCAAACGUAUUAUUCAGACCAAUUUAGUCGAGCAAACAAACAAGACAGGCCAAGAUAAUGAGACACAGGACAUACCCUCGCAUAUGUAGUUUUGUUAACAUUAUCAAACUGAUAAAUUUCUUAACCUUUUACUUGCUAUGAUUUGUUCAUAAAACUUGGACUUUCGUCAGAAUGUUAGCAGUCAUUAUUGCUCAAUUGAUAUAGUUAUUUUCAUUUGUAGUUCUAAUUUGGAAAAAAUCUUUUAGUGCAGACUAGGCGGCAACGUUGAAGCUUCCAUACAUAUACUGAGCGUACGCAUGCAAGAAAAUUUCAAAAAAUGUGAGAAUUUGAAACUCUGUAAGUUAAAUGAGUAUAAAACAUCCAGAGAAUCAGAUGCUUUAUGAAGUAGGUAUUUAUUUAAUGUAUAAUUGGACAUAUUUUGCUUGUCGUUAUUUGUAUUUACCCAAGAUCAUCAUGACAAAUUUCAGAGUUAAUUCCACCA